AUGCAAUUCUUUUCAUUUUUAGCAAUCAGUUUUACAAGUACAUUCCUUUAUGGGGUGUAUGGUUACACGACAUCUGACAUAACAUCUUGGUGUAGCCAGACACCGCACCCACAACUAUGUGAGCAUUCUUUGAUCACCACCAAGUCAAAUUAUAGCCCCAUAAAACAAAAGCCAGACUUUGUUAAAGCUUUAUUGAAAGUCACUUUAGAGCGUGCGGAGCACGCAGGUUCCCACACUCUAACGCUUGGCCCAAAAUGUCGUAACGAGCGUGAGAAGGCUGCAUGGGCAGAUUGCUUAGAGCUUUAUGAAAAAACAAUCCUAACGAUCAACAUGACAAUUGAUCCUAACCAAAAAUGUAGCCAGGCCGACAUACAGACCUGGCUCAGCACUGCCUUGACAAAUCUAGAGACUUGCAAGGCAGGAUUUGAGGACCUAGGUGUCACCAAUCACAUGUUACCAUUGAUGAACAAUAAUAAUGUGUCAUCUUUGAUUAGCAAUACAUUAGCAAUGAACAAAGGAGGGGAUUCGUCGUAUAGUGCAGCAUCAAGUUCUCAAAAAUCAGGCUUCCCUAAAUGGGUGAAACCAGGUGAUAGGAAGCUAUUGCAAACACCAACUAUUAAAGCCAAUGUGGUAGUGGAUAAAGAUGGAUCCGGUGACUAUAAAUCGAUUGGUGACGCCAUAGAAGCGGCCUCAAAGAGGUCAGGGAGCGGGCGGUAUGUAAUCCGAGUGAAGGCUGGUACAUAUAAGGAGAAUAUAGAAAUAAGUAAAAAACUAAAAAACAUAAUGUUACUUGGAGAUGGUAUUGGGGAAACUAUCAUAACCGCCAGCAAAAGUGUUCGAGGAGGUAGCACCACCUUCAAAUCAGCCACUCUUGUGGUGGACGGAGAUGGAUUUAUUGGCAAAGGGAUGACCAUUAGGAACACAGCUGGACCACAAAACGGUCAAGCUGUGGCGGUCCGCUGUAGUGCUGAUCUUUCGGUGUUCUACCAGUGCAGCUUUGAAGGGUACCAAGACACGCUAUACGUCCACACAGACAGGCAGUUCUAUCGCCAAUGUGACAUCUAUGGCACAGUCGAUUUCAUUUUUGGCAACGCAGCCGUGGUUCUCCAAAACUGCAACAUUUACGCACGUAAGCCCCCGAACAAGAUCAACACAAUUACAGCACAAAGCCGGAGUGAUAAAAACCAAAACACGGGGAUUUCAAUCCAUAACAGCCGUGUGACAACCGCCUCUGAGCUAAGAGGUGCCAAGGGAGUUGAAACUUACCUUGGGAGACCAUGGAAACAAUACUCUAGGACGGUUUUCAUGAAAACGAACCUUGAUAGCUUGAUCAAUCCAAAGGGAUGGACGAAAUGGAGUGAUGAGUCGGCACUUAGUACCCUGUAUUAUGGCGAGUAUAUGAACACCGGGCCUGGUUCAUCUACAUCGAAACGGGUGGAUUGGAAAGGUUACCAUAAGAUCACUAGUAGUAGUGAGGCGUCCAAGUUUACCGUCGGUAAUUUCAUUGCUGGUGGUUCUUGGUUACCGGCAACCAAUGUGCCAUAUACUUCUGGUCUCUAAUUGAUCAAUUAAUUCAUUGUUAAUAUAUCUUGUAAUUGUAAUUCACUUUUAUGCUUUUUCUUUAAUUUUGUUGUCAUGCAAAUUUCUGGAAAUA